AUGAAAAUUCAGCUUUGGAAAUGGAAAAGUACUAAACUCACCCGCAUCGGUGCCAAGUUUCUCUACGUGUCCGGAAUACUUGUAUCAGGAACAUGUGCCAUACUGUUUGGGUUCCUUGACCAGUGUCCACCAGGAGACACGUUUGUCGCCAUGUCUUUCAUCGUGCGGUCUGUCGAAGCCCUGGGCGUGUCGGCCUUCUCCACCGCAAGCUUCGCCAUCGUCUCCAACGAGUUUCCCAACCACAUCAGCUCCGUGUUCGCCACUCUAGAGACAUGUAUAGGUAUAGGGCUAAUGACGGGUCCAACAAUAGGGGGCGCCUUGUAUGAGGUUGGUGGGUUUGGCCUUCCCUUCUGGGCUAUAGGAGCUGUCAUCUGUAUCAGCGGGUUGAUGGUCUUCACAUGCCUGCCACCCCCAGAAGACAACACAUUGAAAAGGAAGGGAUCCAUUUUCUGCCUACUGAAAAGCUUGCUAGUCUGGGUGACCAUCUUAUCCCUUCUGGCUGGGGCUAUUGGGAUAUCGUUCAUGGACCCAACCUUAUCAGAUCAUCUAGACCAGUUUGGAAUCUCAACUUUAGUUGUUGGUCUUUUCUUUGUUAUCGCCCCUGGACUGCACGCGCUUAUGGCCCCUGUUUGGGGAUAUUUCAGUGACACUAAGGACAUUCAGUCACCGCUACUGAUCAUCGGGAAUGUUGUUGGGGCCAUCGGUUACCUGUUCAUUGGUCCCACCCCGCUGUUACCUUUCUUACCCAGCGAACUGUGGACGGUCACGGUUGGGCUAGUUUUAUUUGGUUUCACGGUUGGCUGCUCUAUCGUCCCUACCAUGAAGCUUUUUGUCAUCGGCGCCAGGGAACUUGGACUACCUGACAGUCUAAACACGUAUGGUCUUGUAUCAGGACUUUUCAACUCAAUGUUUUGUUUGGGAGCUUUCAUUGGACCAACAAUAGGAGGCGCCUUAGUUGAACAGAUUGGGUUCUACUACGGUUCGACGCUCAUCUCAGGGUUUUAUCUGUUCGUGAUGAUUAUCACGGCGAUAUUCUUCGGACUACGGCGACUACGUAAACAACGACUAGAAAACCGAGAGACAGAUCUAACAGGACACGUAGAAUCAAGUCUACACAGGACCCUAGGACAACAGGACAACAGCGUGAGUCUUACUGACCGCCAAGCAGACGAGAGAGGCCACCAGGCAGACGAGAGACGUCCUCUACUCUCCAACUCAACGCACAUCAAAAGUUUCGAGACUUCUUUCUCAUCGACGUCCUACUCACGUUAA